GCACCCCUGAAAUUCAAAUGUCACUUGUCUCACUGAUUACACCGUCUGUUGACAUUUUCCCAUUUUCAGUAAAUAUCGAAGUUAGUAGCUUCUCCUAGACUUUUCUCGAUGAAGAUGAAACCGGUGGAACCCAAGCGCGACGAUGGUGUGGAAUUGGAGACGCAACUUAUACUGCGCCUUCCGAAGGAGCCUGCCAAAAGCCUUCGGGAGGCCAUCCAGGCUGGCGCAAACAAUCUGAAGGAUCGACUCAAUAUUAAACUAGAGCAGGAUCUGCGUUACGGAGAAGUUCGAUUUGAUCAUUGGCUUAUGCAUGCGAAAGUCGUUGAUUUGCCAACCGUCAUUGAAUCACUGAAAACUAUCGACAACAAAAGCUUCUAUAAAACCGCAGAUAUUUGCCAAAUGAUCCAAUGCAAAGACGAACCCGAUGCGCCAUCAGCUGACGAAGAAUCUCCAAAUAAAGCUAAGAAAAAAGAUCCAAAUAAGGUGGACAAAAAAUUUCUCUGGCCACAUGGUGUCACGCCGCCUUGCAAAAAUGUUCGCAAACGUAGAUUCCGUAAAACUUUGAAGAAAAAAUACGUGGAAGCACCUGAAAUCGAAAAAGAAGUCAAAAGACUUUUGCGAGUAGAUAACGAAGCCGUAAAUGUACGAUAUGACAUCAUUAAUGAAGACGAAGACCACAACAAAGGGGGCGGAAGCAAUCAGCACGCUGGACUAGAAUCCGAAAGCGGCGUCAAGAUCUCCACGAAACAUGCAGAUAAAUCUAAAAGCAAAAACACCCAUGAUAUCGAAACCGAGUCGAUGGCUCAAUUACCAUCGACACCACGAGGCGUUGUCGCUGAGCACGACAUUUUCGGCGGAGAGGUUUCAUCGUCCGAGGAUGAGGAAGAAAGUCCAAAUGUCCACGAUAUCGAAGAUAUUAGCCGUCUAUCGGCCGAUGAUAGCCGUCUUUCGGACUUCUCAAUGCCACCAAACUCAAAUGUUGAUAAAAUGUUCACGGAAUUCAAUAAAUCCAUGUUCAGUCCUAAGAGCCGUAAAGCUGAUGCGACUCAAGAUCAACUUGCACCAGAAGCAUCUUCGUCGAUGGCAGCACAAGAUUUCUACACUCAAAAUCGACCAGGAUCUUUCGAUGACAAUGAUUCAAAUGAACCGCAGAUGUCACGGCAGCAAAUUAACAGUCGCAUCAUGGAAUUUCAGAGAGUCUUGGAUGCGUUGAAAGUUCAACAUUCACAAAAAUCACAAGAGAUUGCAUCUAUUCAGAAUCCAACGCUUCGCAUGCGCAUGCAGGAGACUGUGGAUAAUCUUAUGAGUAUGAUUCUGGAUAAGGAGAUGGAGAUUCAAGAUCUUCAAAAUAAACUUGAGAGCUAAGGAUAUUUCUCAUUUAACAAUAUAUUGCUUCAUUGUAUAGGGUUAGUUGCGUAUAAAUAAACUACAUGAAAAAAACA